GGAAUUGUGGGUAUAUAUUUUUCUGUUUUGAUAUUUGAAUGGACACUUGUUUGGGGCUGGUUACCCGUGUGGUCCUGGAUUUUGGAGGAUUGGACACUUGCUUGGGGCUGGUUACCCGUGUGGUCCUGGAUUUUGGAGGAUUGGACACUUGCUUGGGGCUGGUUACCCGUGUGGUCCUGGAUUUUGGAGGAUUGGACACUUGCUUGGGGCUGGUUACCCGUGUGGUCCUGGAUUUUGGAGGAUUGGACACUUGCUUGGGGCUGGUUACCCGUGUGGUCCUGGAUUUUGGAGGAUUGGACACUUGCUUGGGGCUGGUUACCCGUGUGGUCCUGGAUUUUGGAGGAUUGGACACUUGCUUGGGGCUGGUUACCCGUGUGGUCCUGGAUUUUGGAGGAUUGGACACUUGCUUGGGGCUGGUUACCCGUGUGGUCCUGGAUUUUGGAGGAUUGGACACUUGCUUGGGGCUGGUUACCCGUGUGGUCCUGGAUUUUGGAGGAUUGGACACUUGCUUGGGGCUGGUUACCCGUGUGGUCCUGGAUUUUGGAGGAUUGGACACUUGCUUGGGGCUGGUUACCCGUGUGGUCCUGGAUUUUGGAGGAUUGGACACUUGCUUGGGGCUGGUUACCCGUGUGGUCCUGGAUUUUGGAGGAUUGGACACUUGCUUGGGGCUGGUUACCCGUGUGGUCCUGGAUUUUGGAGGAUUGGACACUUGCUUGGGGCUGGUUACCCGUGUGGUCCUGGAUUUUGGAGGAUUGGACACUUGCUUGGGGCUGGUUACCCGUGUGGUCCUGGAUUUUGGAGGAUUGGACACUUGCUUGGGGCUGGUUACCCGUGUGGUCCUGGAUUUUUGUAUGAUUGAUGGUGCCAUUGAUAGAAUAGGGUCGCGCUAAGGUCGUAAAUUUGGGCUGCACGAG